CCAAGCCGGAAGUGUUCACAACAACCGGAAGUGAAUCUUACGGCGGAAACGGGAUGGCGGACAGAAACCUGGUGCAGGACUUGAAGCGUUGGGCAACAGAGGAGUUCAAGCUUCCCCCGGAGAGCCUGCCUAAUGACAGUUAUCUGAAAACGCUUUGUGUUGGGACAGGAAAGUCAAUAUGGAAGUAUGUCAUCCAGCAUAUUUACCAUCAGAGGAAUGUGAGGAUUAUUCGUGGCAACCUGCAGUGGUACAAAGUUCUUCAGGACAAAGAGCAUAAACAGGCUGAGGGUCAGAGCGAGGCCGCUAGGAAGAGAAACCUCCAGAAGGAGAUUGAGCAGCUAAAAGCUCAGAUCAGUCAAUUGGAUUCUCAGAUCAGUGGGACAGAAGAGCAAUCGGCCGUUCAAGAGCGAUCUAUAAGCCAUUCCUGGGCACAAGUGGAGGACAACCAGCACAGAGAGCUUCUUCUCCAGGCCUUCAGACAGCGCCAUGCCUCCGACUCCCACCAAUUGACAGAAGACAUAAAGAAAAUCAAUGGGCAGUGCCAAGCACUGGAGCAAAUGGCCAGGAAAUCAGAGAAUGAAGUUCUGUUCGAUAAGUCUUCCACCGACAGUGAUGAUGUCAAAGCCUCGGCAGAGGCCCUGGUUCUGCGGGAAGUGAGAGAGCUGUGCGACCACAGGGUUCACUUCUUUCAGUCUUUACAGGAGAGUGAACUGAGAACACAUUCUGCACAGUCUACCGCCAAACACAUGAACCCAGGACAGAGGACUGCCAUGUUUCAUUACUGGUUAAGUGCUGUGGAGAACAUGUGGAGCUGUUAUCCUCCAAGCCACAUCCUCUCAGCUUUACAGUAUUUAGCUUCCAGAGAACAGAAGGAACUGGAAGACAAGAUGGCCUCUGUGGAUGUCACUCAGAAUUUGUCAGCUCUGCGGUUCCGCUUUGAAAGCGAUCACCUACUGGACUUGUCAGCAGAGGAAGAAAAAGAGUUGCCACCUGUUAAGACUCUGCUGCAGGAUGCAUGGGAAGAGUUGCAGCAGAGUGUGGUGGAACUCGCUCGGACCCGCUCCAGAGUCCAGCAGCUCAAAAUUCAGCUGCAGGCUCAAAGGACAGAGGCAGAGAAAGAGUUGUCUGCUUCAACAGAUGAGCUCGACAACAAGGCCUUAGCCCUGUCAGUCCUGGGGCUGGAGCUACAGUGUGUGAUGCAGAUGGCAGCCAGAGAAUACCUCAGAGACAAAUGUAUUCAAAUGGACAAACACGCUCGCAGCCGCCAGGAGGCGCUACGAAGCCUUCGUAGCCAGUGGCAGAGCAUCCUGGACUUCAGACAACUCGUGGAUAUAAGACAGGAGCAGCUCAGGGGUCUGAUAAAAGGAAACUCCAUGGCCAAGAACGAGCUCAUCACUCAGCAGAGACAGUUGCAAGAAUUUAUCCAGGACGAGUUGGUGCCAACGUUUGAAGGUGUCACAACUGCAGCAGACAGUCUGAGGAACUUGAUUUCAAAGGAUGCCAAACAACUUGGAAUGGUUUCACUUCGUGCGUUAGACUGCAGAACUGUUGAUGGAGGACAGAGGAUUCCUGCAUCCACGCUGUCCAUCAAUCGCUUACAGUCACCGUCGUUCAACAACAUGUGUCAGAGCCUGGGUUUCCCUCUGUACAAGGCUCCUGAGGAGCUCGGUUUCCAGGCGUGCUCCCUGCAGGCUGAAUUGCGUUUCCUCUGUAAGUUAUUGCAGCUUCACUCAGUGACUCGACAGAAAACACAAAAGGAGAUGGAAACGCUGCAUGCUUCUGAUCCAAAAGCGUUGCUGUCCAGGAUCGUGGAGGAAGAUCAGAAGCUUCUGAAGUGUCUGGUUCCAAAAGCUGAAGGUCUCACCCAACGCUGCUCACAGGGUCUCUCCUACGGGGACCAGGUCAAAACAGCCAUAUCCUAUUGGUGGGAUCAACCAGCUCAGCAUGUCCUCCCUGAGCUCAGUAAAGGAGGUCUGACUUAUCAGCAGUGGCUGCAAAGAUGGAAGCUGCAAACGGUCCUAAAAGGAAAUCUCACAGAUUAACAAUAUGACGCUUAUCUUUUUUUUUUUUUUCCACAAACCUCUCAUAUUCUGGCAAAUUCUCACAGUGAUGACCAAGGUAAACUAAUAAUGAGGCUUUUUAACAUAGAAAGGCCCCCGAGGCCACGCUCAUCUUAUCUUCAUUUACCAUUAGUGCACAUUUUGGUAGCUAUUAGGAGAAGAAGAAUCACUUAUGGUUUUAUCAGGCGUCACAACAGUGGUAGUCCACAUUGUGAGUUGGCAGUUUUGUUGCAGGGUUUUUUUCUGCCUCAGAUUGUGAUGACUGUUUAUAAUAUGUUUGCACCAAUAAAAUACAAUAUCAUGAAAUAAUACCCCCUCCUGUCUUGUAGUAGUACGUCUUGUUCACUUCCAAGGCUUUUGUUUCUUUUCUUUUUUUUUUUACAAUGUUUACAUUUUGUAACGGUGAUUUAAACAAAUUGUAAAGUUGUUCAUCAUGCAUUCUUAGUUUAUAAGUACCACUAUUGCAGUAACUUUUGGUUUGUAAACACUUAAAAGAAAUGAGAUGUGAUUUUCGUGUAAACCUCAACAUUGAUGAACUGAGUGUUAAACUAACAAGCCACAGAUUCACGACCAUAACAUUUGAACGGGCACCAGCCGAGCAACAGAGAACUAACACGUGUUUCAUUUAAUAUUUCAUGUGAAAUUCUAACAACUGUCCCGAUGAGUUACGUCAGAAAUUAUAUUUCAGAGAAACAGUGUUGAAUUUGUCUUUGUUGUGUAUCAGUCUAUGCUAAAUAAAGAUUUACAGUAAAAGUGAUGUUUUACCUGAAGUUUGUCUUUGUCCUAUACAGAAAGUGUUGUCGACUUUUCAUAAUAA